CUUCAUUUUCUUGCUUGUACGCCACUCGACGCGACGGAUUCUCGAUUGGAUUGGAAGACUUGUAUUUACUAUUUAAUAUUAAUUUUCUUAUUUCUGCAAAUUUAAUUGCCUAACUUUCGUAUUCUGCAACCCAAACAAGACAUCAGAGAUGACUACCCCAGCGCCCCAUCAGCUAGUGACAUGCCCGUUCAACAAGUCCCACCAGAUUGAGCACUAUAGGAUGCAUGUUCACCUGCAAAAAUGCAGCAAGCAACACAAAAAUCUAAAAUAUUCUACAUGCCCGUUGGACGCCACGCAUAUAGUCCUUGAUGCCCAAUUGGAUCAUCACGUGGCAAAUUGCCCGAAGAGUGUCAUGUUUCACAGUAAAAUAUACAUUAUGGAUAAUGACCACCGCCCCAUUGUCCCGGUCCAGAGGCCACAGCCUGUGGAAGAUUGUGAAGAGGACUGGGAAAGUUCGAAUGUAUCGUCAUACGUUCCUGAUCCCGCCAAAAAGGGACCCCACAUCAUCAACAAGAUCAAAGGAGCAACUCCCUCCGAGCGCAGGAAGGCGCGUAUGCAAGGCAUACAGACCUACAAACCCCCGCAAUAAGUUUACUGUAACUAUUACAUAUAUAUAAAAUACUCACGCGUCAUGAAAGUUGAAAAAUUAGGGGUAAAAUUAAAAAAUGGGGGCCAUAUAAGUUUUUAAUGAGGAGUUAUGACAGUUUUAAGAGAAGUGACCUUAAAAUAUCUGUGUCUGGUUCAUUUCAUUUUUUGAUUGAUUAAGUAUUUUUCAAAUUAGAACCAAGCUAAUAUUGUACAUACAAUAUUUGUAUAGUAUAGUAAAGCGUUACUUGUGACGUGAUCAACUAUGGUCAAUGGAAGGCAUUUUUCUUUCUAAUAAAUUUAUAAUUUUGAAUUCAGAAUGGCACCUGAAAAAAAAUAUCUCAAUUUUUUUUAAAUUUUUUCAAAAAUUCAGUUUGCAUAAUUUUGUUUUAUUUCCCCCUUUAUAGUGAGAUGAAAAGUUGUGCGUUAUGCACAGCUGCAAAAUUUU